UUCCUUUUACAGACAAAAGCACAUGUCAUUUUAGCUACACAAUUUUCUUGUAUCUUUUCUGGCAUACUUCAACAUCAAUGUUUUUUUCUUAGAUGUGUGUGUGUGCGCUUAAUUCUAAAGAACGCGUUUAGAAGCUGAGGUUGCUGACACUCUCUUUAAAGAUACUGCAUAUGGUACAGAUCAUUUAUGCAUCUAUCUCACACUCCAUAAACAAGAGGAUAAAGCAAAAGGAGGAAAAGCAAAAGAAAAGUGUUGGCAGUGACUGCUUUUGCAGAAAGGAAAAGAGAGUUUGUAUUAGAAAAAAUUGAACUUUGUUUGAUUGGCUUGAUUUCUUCGCCAAGAAGUUUUGGCUGAUUGUCAUUUUUCUAUAUCCUUAUUUGGGAUAGAGAGGGAAGAGGAAACCAAGAAAUGAUCAACUCCACAAGGUUCCAAUUUUUCUUAUUGUUGGUUGUGUUGCUAUUGGCAUGUGUAAGUGGAGAGGACCCUUACAGGUUCUACACUUGGAAUGUCACGUAUGGAGACAUUUAUCCACUUGGAGUUAAACAACAGGGGAUAUUGAUAAAUGGGCAAUUCCCAGGGCCACAGAUCGAGUCUGUGACUAAUGAUAAUUUGAUUGUCAAUGUUUUCAACAGCUUGGAUGAACCUUUCCUCAUCUCUUGGAAUGGAGUGCUACAGAGGAGAAACUCAUGGCAGGAUGGAGUUUAUGGUACCAAUUGUCCAAUCCCACCAGGGCAGAACUUCACUUAUGUUCUUCAAGUGAAGGAUCAGAUUGGCAGCUACUUCUAUUUCCCUUCCCUUGCAUUCCACAAAGCAGCAGGAGGUUAUGGUGGUUUCCAAAUUGCUAGCCGCUCCGUGAUUCCUGUGCCUUUUGAUCCUCCGGCAGGAGAUUUCACCAUAUUGGCUGGAGACUGGUAUAAGAGAAAUCACACUGAUUUGAGGGCCAUUUUAGAUAGGGGAAGUGACCUUCCUUUCCCCGAUGGGCUUAUCAUCAAUGGUCAUGGUUCCAAUGCCUUUAAGUUCACAGUUGAUCAAGGUAAGACUUACAGAUUCAGGAUAUCAAAUGUGGGACUCACCAGUUCCAUCAAUUUCAGAAUCCAAGGGCAUAAGAUGAUGCUUGUUGAGGUGGAAGGAACUCACACUCUCCAAAACACUUAUGAAUCACUUGACAUUCAUCUGGGGCAAAGUUACUCUGUAUUAGUCACGGCUGAUCAACCACCCCAAGACUACUCCAUUGUUGCUACAACAAGGUUCACCUCUCAGGUGUUGAAUGCUACAUCCAUUCUUCAUUACAGUAACUCAGCCGGAAGUAUGUCUGGCCUUUUCCCUGCAGGACCAACAACUGAAAUUGAUUGGUCCAUAGAACAGGCUCGCUCUCUUAGGAGGAAUCUGACAGCAAGUGGGCCAAGGCCUAAUCCACAAGGAUCUUACCAUUAUGGUAUGAUAAAUACAACAAGGACAAUUAGGCUUCAAAAUUCUGCUCCAAUGAUCAAUGGCAAACAGAGAUAUGCUGUCAACAGUGUGUCCUUUAUCCCUGCUGAUACACCACUUAAACUGGCUGAUCACUUCAAUAUCCAAGGGGUGUUCUCCCUUGGAAGCAUCUCAGACAACCCGACCGGUGGCGGCGGUAACCUCCAGACUUCUGUCAUGGCUGCUGAUUUCCGAGACUAUGUGGAGGUUGUGUUUGAAAAUCCUGAAGACACCGUGCAGUCAUGGCACAUUGAUGGACAUAGCUUCUUUGUUGUAGGAAUGGAUGGAGGACAAUGGUCAGCUGCAAGCAGAUUAAAUUACAAUUUAAGAGAUACAAUUUCUCGGAGCACAGUUCAGGUAUAUCCCAAGUCAUGGACUGCAUUGUACAUGCCAUUGGACAAUGUGGGGAUGUGGAAUGUGAGGUCUGAGAAUUGGGUUCGUCAGUACCUGGGCCAGCAAUUUUAUCUGAGAGUGUAUUCUCCUGCAAAGUCAUGGAGAGAUGAGUACCCAAUUCCAAGUAAUGCUGUGCGGUGUGGUAAGGCAAUAGGCCACUAAACUCUGUCCUAAUAGGAUUUUUUUUACAGAGUGUCAUUCAUUUAUACAAAAUUAUUGUUAUGGAGCUAUGGAUUAUAGGAACUAUAUAUAGAUUGCUCCUGCUCCCAUUCCUGUUAAAUCCACAUUCAGCUAUUAGGAUCGUUUAUGGGAGGAUUGUGACAUUCAUAUUAAAAUUAAUUUUUUCUGAUAUGGUCAGAGGACCUAAUUUUAAUGUGCCGUCAAUAAACAUGUUGCUGUUUUUAUUAA